CCGGUCUCGGUCUCGGUCUGUCCGCCUCCUUCUGCAGCCCGCUCAGGCACCGCCGCACGCGCCCGCAGCACGAGCGUUGCGUUUCUGCUCAUUUAGCGUCCUGACGCGCUCUCCCUUUGCGCACUUUUCUGUUUAUGUAGCGCGUGGAGCGGCACGCACACCGUGUCUCUUCUCUCCGGUGGAUCUGCGCUGUUUCCCGAUGCAAGGAGGCGUGAUGGAGAAGAUGUCCCGGCCCCCCAUCCCGCUGAACCCGGGCUUCCUGCCCCCGGCCACGCACGGAGUCCUCAAGUCGCUGCUGGAGAACCCGCUGAAGCUGCCGCUGCGUCAUGAAGCUUUCACCAAGGAGCAGGAGAAGGAGAAGAACCUGGAGGAGGAGCGCAGCGCGCCCCAGUCGGCCUUCUUGGGCCCCACGCUAUGGGACAAAACCCUCCCCUAUGAUGGAGACACGUUCCAGCUGGAGUACAUGGACCUGGAGGAGUUCCUGUCUGAGAACGGCAUCCCGUCCAGCCCUUCUCAUCACCACCAUGACCAGCACCAAGCACACGCUCCUCCACGCCAGUCGCCCAUCAUCGCCCCAGCACCGCACACGCCCGCGCCCUCGGUCAUGGACCUCAGCAACCACGCCUCCACCUCCAUUCACACCACCAUCGUCUCCCCAAACUGCCUGCACAGCAGCCCAGCUAGAGCAGGCCUUCCAAACUCCAGGAACACUCCCAGCCCCAUCGAUCCAGACUCCAUCCAGGUUCCGGUUGGCUACGAGCCGGACCCAGCAGAUCUGGCUCUGUCCAGCGUGCCGGGUCAGGAGAUCUUCGAUCCACGCAAGCGCAAGUUCUCAGCCGAGGAGCUGAAGCCCCAGCCGAUGAUCAAGAAAGCUCGAAAGGUCUUCAUCCCCGAAGACCUGAAGGAUGACAGAUACUGGGCCCGGCGCAGGAAGAACAACGUGGCGGCCAAGCGGUCCCGUGAUGCUCGGCGGCUCAAGGAGAACCAGAUCGCUAUCCGAGCCAGCUUCCUGGAGAAGGAGAACUCUGCUCUGAGGCAGGAGGUGGCCGACCUAAGGAAAGAGCUUGGACGCGCCAAGAAUGUCCUAGCCAAGUACGAGGCACAACACGGACCGCUGUGAGGACACACCUUUAUAUCUAUGAAAACACACACACACACACCAGCGACCCUCCUCUUACCUCACACUCAGUCUGAACAGCUCGACUGGCAGCAGGUACCUGGUCCGGUCAGCCGCCAGUCAGCUGCUUUCCUGACGAGGGUUUGCUGGUCUCUUACUGUCAGGACUUUUUCUUGGCUUCCCAGCUAACUUUUGUCAUCUGUUGCCAUGGCAACAGAUGUUUUUACCUGCUGCAAGUCGAGCAUGUAACAGACACACAUGCACACACAGCUGUUACAACAUCUCAUUGGCCCUUCGAACUUUCCUAACAAACUCAGACACCACCUGGACAGCGGAUGUCCCAUCUUCGUCCUCCUCUUCUUCAUCAUCGUCACAUCCCAGCACUUUAGAAUGACUGACGCUGCGAUCUCUGUCACAGACUCCGCCCCUGCAGAUGCCCCGCCACUCCUAUUGGUCAAUCUGCUGUUCAUACCUUCUUUUUUAUCUGUUUUGACGGGAACUUUUAUGCCUUUCUGAGGUCCUCUGAUCCAUUUGAUAUUACCAGAAUGUGCAGAUAUAUGAAGUAGAAAAUAAAAUGCACUUACUGCUUUUC